GAGAGAGAGCGAGAGAGAGAGAGAAAGAGAGAUCGUGUUGUUUCGGGUUGCUACCAUCGGCAUACGGCAGGUGAGUUCGGUAGAGCUCACACGGAGCUUAGAGACUACGAGCCUGGCAGUUUAUCUAUCUCGUGUUAAUUAUAGCAAGUGUCCUUCUUUCAGCACCGCGGCUUGUUAACAGCUCCAUCAGCACCAGAGGAGAGUGGAGAUUUGGAGAGCCCCUCCCCGCCCGAGGAACAGCCAGAGCGGGUACAGUCAGAGCGCAGCCCGGUUUUCAGUUUCAGCACCACCAGCAGGGAAGAGCGGAGCUGUCCAAACAUCCAGCAGUUUGUGACCGCUAUCGCCGGGUGGACCAUCCACACAACACAACACCCACAAGAGCUAGGACCGGGUGUAAUCUACCGGAAAAUAGCCUACAGCCUGGAUAUUUAUUUCAGAAUGGCGUCAAAAGGAAUGGGAGUUCUCCUGCUCGGGAUUUUUGCUGUGACUGUCUCCCAGAUUUCUGCUUUCCCCACGCCUGCCGAGGAUGGUGAGUGCAUGGCCUGCUGGUAGCCUACAUCUGUGGUGACUGGUUUGUGUGAAUAUUUUUAGUUUGCUAGGCCUAUAGCCCACUUUUAAAGUGCAUUUUAACUAGGCCUAGGCUAUAUUUAAAACCUUUAAAUCGUUUUAAAGGAUAUUUAAACAUUAUAAAACGCAAAUUCAAGUAAAAAUAGAGCAGGAAAUAACAGUGAAAUAGAGCAGUAAAAUAACAACAAAGAGGUUUUGACGUGUGUCGGUUGCAUGCGACGUAAGGCUGAUUGCGUUUUAUUUCCAAAGCAGUUUAAUCUUUUGUUUGUUAAACCGAUUAUGACGCUGCUGUGUCCGGUUGGUCGGGAGUUGGGACUCACUGUAGCCAUAGACUAUACCCUCUUUCUCAUCAAUAAACCAUAUGAACCAAAAUUAAACAAAUUGAAUGAAUACACUAGGCCCACAUGACCAAGCAGGCAUAACUUAAAAAUACCCUGAUGAUGUUGUACCCCUCAAAUUCAAGUCAGUGGUUUUCUCUGUGGUUCAUAGGAGAAAGUUGCCUUUAGACACUGAUUGAAGAUCGGUUUUUCACAAGUUAAGGUUAUGAUUUGAAGCAGUCAGGUUAGCUGGUCCUACAUUUGUUUCUACCUAAAUGACAACUUUUAGAUGUCUCAGAAGAUGUGAUAGUGAAUGGUGAUGAUGAUGAUGAUGAAGACGAUAAGGAUGAUGAUGAGGAUGAUGAUAAUGAUUAUUAUUAUUAUUAUUAUUAUUAUUAUUAUUAUUAUUAUUAUUAUUAUUAUGUGGUUUUAUUUUCCCUGCAGAUAAAGCUGUAGUUUACAACAGACAAUUGACUGAGGAGAGACCUAUCCAGGAGCAGGUAAACUAUCUCUCUCUCUCUCUCUUUCGGGAAGUGAGAGCGGUGAUCCUGUCUCUGAAGGAGAGCAGGAAGAGAGAGAGCGAGAGAGAGGAGAGAAGAGAGGAGAGAGGAGGGAGGUAUGGAGAGAGAGAAAGGCAGCGAGAGCGAGAGCGAUAGAUAAGAGAGGAUCGCAUAGGAUGAGAGAGAGAGAUAGAGGACGAUGAGAGAGAGAGGAUAUAUCUCUUCUAUCUAUCUCUCUCGCUACGCUCUCUAUCUCUCUCUCUCUCUCUCUCUCUCUCUCUCUCUCUCUCUCUCUCUCUCCUCUCUAAACUAUCCACGGUGCUAUCUCCCAACUAAUAUUAUGUCAAAUAGACUUUAUGGAGGGGAGAGUUCUCAAACGUCAACAACGUCAUAUCAAACCAGACUGGAGCAAAAGUAAACAAAUAAAUCAAUGUUUACACUGUUUAUGUUCUUUUCCACAGAUUGCAGAGGCAGAUGAUGUGAAAGCUGCAGUGGAGUCUGCAGGUAAGCGGAUACUUCACAGCCAAUCAAUCAGUAUUGUUAUUACAUACAUUUGAAUAUGUACAGUAUAUGUGAAUAGUGUGUCAGAAAUAUUUUUGUUGUCUCUUGGUGUCUUCACAAUAUAUAACUGUUUUAUCUUAUUUUUCAAUAUAAUGCAGUAUGGUCUGGUGUUGUUCUUACCUUUAACUGUUCUGUAUUGUGUAGGGUGUCCACCCACUCAGCCCAGAGUUGGUGAAAACGCACUUUGCUGAUCAAAUUUAACUUCCUUAUGUUAAAUUAAUUACAUUAAUUUUACCAAUACAAAUAUGAUUAUUCAUGUUUUAAUCGUUCAGUGGGGUCUUUCUCUAACACAGUGGUUCCCAAACUGUGGGGCAGGUAGUAUUUUGUAAUUUGUGGUCAUCGUCUUGAAAGUUGUUUCCACCGGUCACAAAAAGUAAAAAAUUAGCCACAAGCUGAAUUUAAUGUAAAAGGCUGAAAAUACAAAGCUUGAUAUACGCUCAGUGCUUCAUUGACAUUUCACAGAGAUAUGCUUGUUUUUGUGAGAACAGGAAUUUCGAAUUAAUAUGAAAAGCGUAUACUAAGAUAUGAAAAUACUACAUGUCAUGUCUCAAAAUCUAUAUCCAUCUUACCUCUAUAUUGUUUUAUGUCCUGUGGAUUGGAGAAGAAAGAUGACUAGUUCAACAGGAAAGUGAGCCUGUCAAGUAGCCAGUAGCCUUAAUUCAUGCAGAAUCCAGCCUAGCUGACGCGAUGCCAUUUUCCUGAUGUUUGACCACUUUCUUUCUCUGGCUCCAUUGUUUCAGUCACCUUAAUUUUGGCCAUCCUACAAGGGUAAACACUCCAAUAACCUUUAAACGGAUUAUUAUAGAGACAUAAUAUUUGGACCAUUGGUUUUCUUAGACAAUUAUCUACACAGUUAACAUAUUAAAAUGUGUGUUUUUGAUUGGACACCCUAUACAUGUAUUUUAUGUUUUGUGUGGACCCCAGGAAGAGUAGCUGCUGCAUGUGCAACAGCUAAUAGGGAUCAUAAUAAAAUAAACGGUUCCAAGACCACCUACUGCAGUCCGUGGCUCAGGCCCCGUAUUCACUACAUAUUCGUCGCCAAACCCACUGGCUCCAGGUCAUCUAUAAAUCACUGCUAGGCAAAUCCCCGCCUUAUCUUAGCUCAUUGGUCACCAUAGCAACACCCACCCGUAGUAUGCGCUCCGGCAGGUAUAUCUCACUGGUCAUCCCCAAAGCCAACACCUCCUUUGGCCGCCAUUCCUUCCAGUUCUCUGCUGCAAAUGACUGGAACGAAUUGCAAAAAUCUCUGAAGCUGGAGACUCUUAUUUCCCUCACUAACUUUAAGCAUCAGUUGUCAGAGCACCUUACCGAUCACUGCACCUGUACACAGCCCAUCUGAAAUUAGCCCACCCAACUACCUCAUCCCCAUAUUGUUAUAUAUUUUGCUCAUUUGCACCCCAGUAUCUCUAUUUGCACAUCAUCUCUUGCACAUAUAUCAUUCCAGUGUUAAUACUAAUUGUAAUUAUUUUGCACUAUGGCGUAUUUAUUGCCUUACCUCCAUAACUUGCUAUAUUUGCACACAUUGUAUAUAUAUUUUCUGUUGUAUUUUUGACUUUAUGUUUUGUUUACCCCAUAUGUAACUCUGUGUUGUUGUUUUUAUCGCACUGCUUUGCUUUAUCUUGGCCAGGUCGCAGUUGUAAAUGAGAACUUUUUCUCAACUGGCUUACCUGGUUAAAUAAAGGUAAAAUAAAAAAUAUAAAUAAAUCAUAAAGUGUCUAUUCAUUAUAAUCUAAAAGGCAAAACGGAUCCUAGAUCAGCACUCCUAUUCCCAGAUGUUUUAUGAAUAUGGACCCUGAAUUUCACUAGUCCUUGUGGUCUCCCAUCUAGGGGUUGACCAGGCCCAACCCUGUUUAGCUGCAGAGGAAAGCCAGCCAGGCCCAACCCUGCUUAGCUGCAGAGGAAAGCCAGCCAGGGCCAACCCUGCUAAGCUGCAGAGGAAAGCCAGCCAGGCCCAACCCUGCUUAGCUGCAGAGGAAAGCCAGCAAGGCCCAACCCUGCUUAGCUGCAGAGGAAAGCUAGCCAGGCCCAACCCUGCUUAGCUGCAGAGGAAAGCCAGCCAGGCCCAACCCUGCUUAGCUGCAGAGGAAAGCCAGCCAGGCCCAACCAUGCUUAGCUGCAGAGGAAAGCCAGCAGAGUGAUACAAGGUGGUUUGGCUGCUGGCUUCUCUAUUUAAAGACACACUAUGGAAGUUUAGUUGAUGAAAACACACAAAUCCUCAGUUUUAGGCUAACAAUGUAUGGGUGAGGGUAGGUGUGCCCUUUCUGGACAAUAUUUCUCUCCAUAGAAUGGACUCCUUUUGGCUCAAGAGGAGCAACCCCAGAGGCAGAAGCUUCGUAUAGCUUCUUAAAUAUUUCCCUCUCCCCCUCAGACACCAAAUCUGCUGCGGAGCCUAAAGAUUUGAAGGAGGCGGAGCCAGAGCAAGAGAACGAUGACUUCACUCUGCUCAAGUCCCUGGCCGAAGGUCAAAGGUCAAAAGAGACCAAUGAGACACCAGUCAGAGAGAGCCUGGAGGAGGAGCCUUACUUCCCAGAUGAAUCAGAUUCCACCAAGAACCGCCGGCUAGCCGAAGACUAUGACUCAACCAAGAUGGAAAACAGCAAGUACCAAGGUAUCUAGUUUAGUCUGUUCAUUCUACAGUAAGUACCAAGGUAUCUAGUUUAGUCUGUUUUUACUACAGCAAGUACCAAGGUACCUAGUUUAGUCUGGUUAUACUACAGUAAGUACCAAGGUAUCUAGUUUAGUCUGUUUAUUCUACAGUAAGUACCAAGGUAUCUAGUUUAGUCUGUUUAUUCUACAGCAAGUACCAAGGUAUCUAGUUUAGUCUGUUCAUUCUACAGCAAGUACCAAGGUAUCUAGUUUAGUCUGUUCAUUCUACAGUAAGUACCAAGGUAUCUAGUUUAGUCUGUUUAUUCUACAGUAAGUACCAAGGUAUCUAGUUUAGUCUGUUUUUACUACAGCAAGUACCAAGGUACCUAGUUUAGUCUGGUUAUACUACAGUAAGUACCAAGGUAUCUAGUUUAGUCUGUUUAUUCUACAGCAAGUACCAAGGUAUCUAGUUUAGUCUGUUUAUGAAUGUACUACAGCAAGUACCAAGGUAUCUAGUUUAGUCUGUUUAUUCUACAGUAAGUACCAAGGUACCUAGUUUAGUCUGUUUAUGAAUGUACUACAGCAAGUACGACUAUCAUUAUCUCCGCAAGGUUAUGCCUUUAAAAGCUCAGUGGGCUAUUAGACUAUAUUGGGAACCUAUUAGGUGUAUUUGACUUUGUCUUCUGUCCCUAACCAGACCGAAUGUUACAUUAAUGGCCUCUUGGACAGACUCUUGGACUGACUCUUUACUGUAUAUAACUAUGGUUGACCUAUAGACCAAAUCUGAAUGUUUCUAAACAAAGCUGUUCUGGUGGUUCCAGGUAGACAAAGGGUCCCUGUCUUUGUCUUUUUUCCUGUCCUGUCUGGGCCUGUUGGCUCUGAGCCUGUGUGUCUGAUAGGGCUCUUCCCUGUGUCUGAUCCCUCUAUAGUGAGGUCAGGUCUGAGGCCCUGCGCUGCUGUGAGAGAGAGAGAGAGAGAGAGAGGAUUAUCUCUCCCCAGGCUGUUGGCUGAGACAGUGGAAGUGCUAAGGCUAAGCUACAAGCCUUAAAUCCUCUUCCUCCAUCGCUACAGGAGACUAUAGACACUUAGUACCUCCCAAAUGGCACCCUAUCCCCUAUAUAGUGCACUACUAGUGUAUAAAAUAGGGGACACAGCCCGUCUCUCACAGACUCAGUAUUUAAUCUCGACCUAGUAUCGGGGAAGCAGUUAACUACUGUUUUAGACUUGGGGUCAAAUGUCAGGUACCAUACAGAAAAGAAGGGCAUUGUUCAAAUACGUCUUGAAUCCUUCCUUCCUUCUUCCCUUCCUUCACCUAAUCACUGAUCUAACAUGGUCGGACAGGUGAAUGCACAGGCCCCAAUACAUGGUUUUCACCUAUCCAGUCAUGUCAGAUCAGAUCACUUCAAAGAAUGGAAACUAUAUGGAAGGAUUUAUGUGAAGUAUUCAAUCAGGGGGCUCCUCUUGAUCCUCUCAGAGGAGCUGAUGGGUUGCGUCCCAAAUGGCACCCUAUUUCCUAUGUAGUGCACUACUUUUGACAAGAGCUGUAUGAACCCUAGUCAAGAGUAGUGCACUAUAAAGGGAAUAGAGACAUUAUGGUCUGACCCCAAGUCUCUCUCCUCUCAGGAUCUGGGUCAAGGUUAUAUUCUUAGUGUAUGAAAAAAUAGCCUCAUAUGUACUCUACUGUACUCUACUGUACUCUACUCUACUGUACUGUACUCUACUGUACUGUACUCUACUGUAUUGUACUGUACUGUACUGUACUGUACUGUACUGUACUGUACUGUACUGUACUCUACUCUACUCUAUUGUACUCUACUGUACUCUACUCUACUGUACUCUACUGUACUGUACUCUACUCUACUGUACUGUACUGCUGUUGGCUCUGAAACUAAGGCACCUCAUCAGUCAUACCAUAUUCUCAGUAGAUCAGCCUGGAUACCGUAUUCUCAGUAGAUCAACCUGGAUACCAUAUUCUCAGUAGAUCAGCCUGGAUACCAUAUUCUCAGUAGAUCAGCCUGGAUACCGUAUUCUCAGUAGAUCAGUCUGGAUACCGUAUUCUCAGUAGAUCAGCCUGGAUACCGUGUUCUCAGUAGAUCAGCCUGAAUACCGUAUUCUCAGUAGAUCAGCCUGGAGGCACAUCUUUUUAUUUGAUCUAAAGAAAGAGAAUGACCUGUAGUGAACUGUUAUGAACAUGUACUGUUGAGUGUUGAGUUCUACCUAGUUUAGCUUGUUUUGUUGUGUAUGAUCACACAACACAUCCUCUCUGUAUGGGGUCUAUAUGACUCAGAUACACCCCUUCUCUUAUAUUAUUUAGAGGCAGAGGAAAACAAGUACUGUGAUGUUAACGUAGUGACGAUUCAGCUAAACCUGGUUGAGUUAUUUUCAGUUUCAUAACUUGAGAGUUGUUGCUGUUGGACUAUUUGCAAUGUGUGUGUGUGUGUGCGUGUGUGUGUGUGUGUGUGUGUGUGUGUGUGUGUGUGUGUGUGUGUGUGUGUGCUGGCCAUCUGUCUCCUGGUCUGCUACUGCUACAUACAGCCUUAAGUCUCAGCGUUUUAGUUUGUUACAUAAGAGUCAUACUGGCACAGGGAUAAACCUAGUGAGCACAGAAAGAUUUAGGAGAGGAGAGGAGAGGAGAGGAGAGGAGAGGAGAGGAGAGGAGAGGAGAGGAGAGGAGAGGAGAGGAGAGGAGAGGAGAGGAGAGGAGAGGAGAGGAGAGGAGAGGAGAGGAGAGGAGAGGAGCCUGCAGCUCAUUCAUAACUGACAGAUCUGUGUUGCACCCAGUGGGACACACACACACAAACUCAAACACACAACCACAUAGGUGUUUUUAUAUUGUCGUGUCCUUGGUUGUGAUUGCAGAUGACCCAGAGAGCUUCAGGCAGGUGGAUGGUACCCCUCUAACGGCUGAAGACAUCGUCCAGAAGAUCGCUACUAAGAUCUACGAGGAGGACGACAGAGGGGUGUUUGAC